AUGUAUAAUCCAAAUAAUACAGGUUCUACUGGUAUGAAUCCGUCGACGGGUCAACUCAACUCUAAUCCACCAAUACCACCACCAGGAUGGCAAAUUGCAACAGAUAGUAUUGGUAGAUUUGUUUAUAUAAAUCCAAUGACACAACAACAAUCAUGGACUCCACCACCAGGCUCUGUAUAUAUGCCACAGACAGAACAACAACAACAACAACCACCUCCACCUCCAGCACCUGUCAUUGCACCUUCUCUAUCAAAUUUAUCGACCAGCAAGUCUUCAUUGUCCUCUUCAAUGUUGCCAGAUGGCUGGGAAGAAUCUACUGACGCACAGGGAAGAGUCUACUAUAUUGAUCAUCUUCACAAGAGAACUUCAUGGAUUCAUCCAAACUUUAGUAUUCAAUUGCAACAACAAGCUGCUCAGCAACAACAACAACAACAACAACAACCUCCACCACCACCAACAUCGUCUGCAUCAAUUCCAAUUCAACAAAAACCAGUCGUGACAUCCAACAACAACAACAGUGGUGGUUAUUAUCCAUCAAUGAGUGAAUAUGGAUAUCCAUCACCACCUCCUCAUCAUUCGUCAACAGUAGUAGCAUCAUCACCAACAACACAAAUAAAACCACAAAUAGUACCACCACAAAGACAACCUACACAAACGAUACAACAACCCCAACAACCCCAACAAUCAUUUAAAGCAAAGUUACCAAGUCAAAGAAGAACCACUUCAUUGUUUUCUCAGUCGGCACCUCUUUGGGAUUUAGAAAAAACAGUUCCUGCCUGCUCCCAAUGUUAUUUACCAUUUACAGUUAUUCGUAGAAGACAUCAUUGUAGAUGUUGUCAAAGAGAGUUUUGUGAUGCUUGUAGUCUAAAGAGAAUUGCUGUCCCACAAUUUAAUCAUAAUGAUCCGGUUAGAGUUUGUGUUUAUUGUUAUAUCCACACCAAUGAUCACAACAAAACAUGUGUAUCAAGAUUGGUUCCCUAUAUAUUGGAUUUUCAUAAUGAUGCAAAUGAGCAAUAUCAAGCAUUAAUGGAAAUAUACGAUUUUAUACUUUCCAAUCAAUCAAACUAUGAAGUCAUUGAAACAGCACUUGUUGGAGGAUUAAAACCAUUUUUAGAUUAUAUUGUCAGAAAAUCAAAAGAGAAUUUAAAGGGAGACAGUAUUGCUAUUUGUUGUCAAAUAUUGGCAUUUAUUUCAAAGGACCAUAAAUUAGUAAAAGCUAUUAAUGAUCCUGAACAUAUAUCUGUAUUAUUUGAUUUAAUGUCGUGCUCUGAAAAUAGUACAGUUGUUUUUGAUUGUGCUCGUAUUCUCAAGAAUAUACUUUCAUACAUUGAUAAACAAAAUCAUCAACAAAAACAACAGCAACAACAACAACAGCAACAGCAACAAACAACACCAACUACACCUGUAGCAACCAUCGAAAAUGCAAAUAUUUUGAACAAAUUUUCAUCUGUAGUGACCAAGGCAAAUAUUUGUCAAAUUGUAGCCUUGUUGGAGAUUAUUUCAAAGGAGUCACAACUAGAAUGUCUUCGUAUUCUCCGUGUAUUGGCUCACGACGAAGAAAUGUUGGGUUUAAUAUCUCAGUCAAAUAUCAUUGAGGUCAUUACUCCUAUUAUCUCAUCAAAUAAUGGUGAUAAUAUCAAAAGUACCUUAAAGAUAUUAACUAGAUUAUCAAUUUAUGAUAAAAAGAAUGCUGAAAAGUUUUAUCAAUUUGGUGGUAUAUUAUUCUUGAUUGAAUUAUUAAUGAAGCAAUUACACCCUUCAAUUAAUACAAUUUCAAUUAAAUUGCUAUUUUCUCUUAGUAAAACAAAAUUAUGUUCAUCUGCGAUUGCUGGAGUCGAUGGUGCAAUUGACAUUAUUAUGCAAUUAUAUGCAAGUAACAGUCAACUUCAAGAAACAAUAUUAUUAAUGUUGACUCAAAUCAUACAAUUCGAGAUUAAUAACCAACAACUUCAAAAACAACUUUGCAAUGAACAAUUUAUCAAAAAUAUUUGCCAAUCCUUGUCAAGAGGAAAUUCAAAUGUUGAAUCAUUGUCAUUAUCAGUUCUAUAUUUUGUUUCACAAAAUGAACAAAACAAAGAGAAUCUUCAAAGUUUUGGAAUUAUAGAUACAAUAUUGGCAUUAAUUUGUGAUAGAGGAAGAAAACAUGCUGUUCCACUUGAGAUCCUAUCAAAACUUGCUUUUAAUAAUGAAUCUGUUUGUCAAAGUAUAUUUGAAGUUGGAGGGUUAUCAGUUUUAAUUGAUAUUAUUACAACUCCACCACCCACACCCUCUGCUAGUAAUACAACACCACCCAUAUCACCAACAAUCCCAUACCACGAUGAGGAGUUGUUGCAACAACAACUACAACAACAGCAACAACAACAAACACAAGAGCAAGAUGAAAAGAGUAUAGAAUUUAAAAAGGUUCAAUACAAUGCAGUUAAACUUAUUGGCAACCUAUCCUACUCACCAUCAAUUGUUCAAGAAUUUGUUCAUUUCGAUAGUGGGGCAGGUAUAAAGGCAUUGGUCGCUUUACUCAAUCCAUCGGUUGAUGAGUCGCUCAAACAAAUUACAUCAGAAGCACUCAGUAAUCUAUGUGACAAUGAAGCAUGUUCCAUUUUAGUGCUCAGUGAAGGAGGACUUACCUACUCUAUGGCACUUCUUUCUAGCUCCAAUCCAUUGAUCAAGACCAAUGCCCUUAAACUUCUUCAAAAAUUGGCAAUUCAUUCUCCAGAGAUCAAGUUUGUCAUUUCAGAGGGAGCAUCUAUUCGUCAAAUCGUUGAAAUGCUCUCAAAUCAAACGGCUGAUAUAAAGAAAUGUGCCAUUUAUUCUUUGGCAGAGAUUUGUAAAGACAAUGCUGCCAAUAGAGACCAAGCCUACAAAUAUGGUUGUCUUCCUUUGCUCAUCAACGCCUUUAACACCUAUGUCAAUGAUCCCAAAUCAUUGGUAUGCCUGUUGGAAAUCAUCUCUGGAUAUGCUUCUCAAUCGGAGCAAUAUCGUCAGCUCAUCCUUGGCACUGAUUUGGUUCAAUCCAUUAUCGAGUAUUUGUUUACUGCUACUAGUGGUGGCAAUAACAACAACAACAACCAUGACUCGGAUCAACAGGAAAAGGAUGGAUUCUUGAUGCAAAGUCGUGUAUAUUGCGUAUUAAUACUCUCUCAAUUAAUCAAAGAGGGUAUGAACGAUCACAUUAGAAAGAUUAUAGAUUCUGGUAUUAUUUUGGCUUUGGUUCCACUACUUUCAAUCAAGAAUAGUUAUCUUCAAGAGUACACCUUAAAGAUUUUAAAGACAAUCACCCGUUCUAGUUCUUCUGACCUCAGAGAGACUCUAAUUACCUCUGGUAUCUUGUUACCACUCAGUACCUUGGUCAGUACCACUCGUAACGAAUCGAUUCAAACCGACUCUUUAUCCAUUCUCAUAGAACUCUCCAAAAAUCCAGAGUGUGGAAACUACCUCUUGGAGACCAAUGCAAUCGCUCUCAUAUCAGAGUUGGUCAACAAUGCAAAGUCACAAGUGGUUAGAUCACUUGCCAUUCAACUCAUCUCCAUGUUGUUUGAUUCAUCUUCAAUGAAUGGCAACAUAUGGGAGAUAUUUACUUCAAAGGCAGGUAUUCCCGGUUUAGUUGCACUCUUGUCCUCAAGCAACACUGCCGCUCAGAUUACCAGUGCAAAUGCCCUCUCAUCGAUUGUUGUUGAUGGUCCAGGUAGAGCACGUGUCGUUGAGGCAGGUGGACUUACAGCAUUGAUUCAAUCAUUGUCCAGUGAUAAUAUCAAUGUUGCUUGCUCCUCUUUGGUCACUAUUCUUGGUUUGUCAUUAGAGGAUGAGUUGUGUGAGUCUAUUGUUGGAUUUGGAGCAAUGCCACCUCUCCUCAACAUAUUGGCAUCAAAGGAGUACCUGUCCAACAAUAUUGGAAUAGACUCGAAACUGUAUGCCUGCGAGACUAUUUUCAAUCUUGUAUCCAAUGCUCAAUGCCGUCCAAAUAUUGUAGACAACAAACUUAUCAUUCAGCUCUUGGAUCUAUUAUUCUCAGACAGGGAUGUAUAUUGUGCAGUUUCAUGCAAAACUCUUGCAGUGCUAGCCUCUGAUCCAAAUACUGCAAAGUCUGUAUGCGAACAAGGUGGAAUCGUGGGAUUAGUUCCAAUCCUUUCCCUUCAACCACCCUCAUCACCAGAUCAAAUGGCAUCGUACGAAAAUACUCUAAUGUCUGUUGCCGUUGUUCUAACAAAUUUGGCAAAGUUCAACGAGUCAUCUAGAUCGGUGAUCCUUUCUUGUGUUGGUGAAGCCAAAUCAGAAAAUGAUAGUCUCUCUUUGAUUCUUUCUGUGCUUACAAGAUCCCAAAAUCUAAAAAUUCGUUUACAACUUUUGGAUCUGUUACAAAUUCUAUCAGAGGACAAGGAUUUUGUAAAUUAUCUUCAAACAACUACAAUCCAAAAAUUAUUAUCAUUGUUGGAGCAGACCGACAACAACAACAACAACUCUGGUGAACAAUCAGAUCAACUAUUAGCCAUUUUUAAAGUUUUGUCUGUCAUUAUUUAUAUCUCGUAUAUGGCCGAACCAAGAAAGAUAUUAUUGGAUUGUGGAUGUUUGAAUCACUUGGUUCAUUUGUUGUCACCACCACCCGAAGUCUUGGUUUCACUCGAUCUUUCAAAUAACAUUUCAUUGUUGGACCUUACACCAACAAUCAAUCAAGUUUCAAAUGGAAAAGAAAAAUCCGAUGCUUACAAAAAGAUAAAGAUCGAAUCAAUUGAGGACAAGGAAGAGAUCAACAAGAUAAGCUUAAAUCUUAUUCAUACCUUUUCAUUCUCUGAUAGAGGAAUGAACGAAAUUAGAAAUUCAAAAUUGGUCAAAACCAUCCUUCGUUUCUUGGACUCCAAGAUUGAAGAUCAAAUUUCGACAUCCCUUAGAAUUAUCUCUAAUUUAUCUUUAUCUGGUUUGAAUAGAUUAGAAAUUAAUAGUUUGGGAGGAAUGGAGAAAAUAUUGGAUAUGUUUACUACAAAUAGCAGUGGUGGAAAUCCAUUUACCCCUUCAGUUACUUUGAAUGUACUCACUGCUUUGUACAAUAUGCUCUUUUCUGCAGACAAUUUCAACUUGUUUAUCAAACGAACCAAUUGUUUCAACAUCCUUGGUCAAUACUUGUCUCUACCAAACGAACCAAUUCAACUUUAUGCUGCCAUGAUUAUCAAUAGACAUCUCAAUCAAGACAAGUAUGCUGAACAACUGUCAUCCACUGGAGUUAUUCAAUGCCUUUUUGCCAUCCUUAGUACCGCAUCUAGUGAAAAUUUAAUCUUUUAUGCACUAAAAACCAUCGAUGAAUUAAUUUAUUUUGAUUCAAGUAGACAAAUCAUUUGUAAUUCGCUUCCAGUAGAAAUACUAAAAACCAUCCAAUCUGUUCCACACCAAUAUCUACAAGAAUUAUCAAAACAUAUUUUAAGUUCAUGUGGACACUUGUAA